UUGCUUUUCUUCAAGUUCGUAGCAAAAUAGUUCUGCAAUGACUAUCUCUGCUUCAUCCCUUGCCCCCAGAACCUGUCCCUACGCCCCACUUCCUCUUCCUGCUCCUCAAUUUUCCUUCCAUUUGAUCCACCUUCCUUCAAAACGGCCUCCCACCCAAUAAGAGCUCUGAGAGAGUGGCAAGAGCACGAGGAGGCAGUGAAGCGCAAGGACCUUACCAGAGCUCUCAGGUUCUUGAAAUCAAUUGAGAAAAACAAUGGUGAUCCAGUUGAGGAGAAGCUCAAACAUGGUUCUUUGUCUAUUGAAUCGCCUCGGCCCCAACUCGGAGAGCUGGAGUUUGUUGGUGGGUUAGAGAGGGAUUGGGAGGUCUUGGAUACUUAUUUGAGUGCUAGUGAUAUGAGACUUGUGGGUAUUGCUUAUGGGUUUCUAAAGGACCGAGGGUUCUUGCCCAAUUUUGGAAGGUUCAGUGGUAUAGUUUUUAACCUUUCUCCAAAAAAGUGGGGUUCUUCUGGAAUCUCAAGCAUUGCAUUGGUUGCCCUUCUGGGUUGAGUCUCUUAUCUGCUUUUUCAAGGGAUUCAUAUCAGGCCUAACCUUGCUGCCAGACUGCACCUAGCCUUUUUGGACUCUAUCUUCCUAAGGGGCACAUGUUUAGCUUUAAUCUCAAGUUACUGGCCUCUGUAUAGGCAGCGGAUUCUAGUUCAUGAAGCAGGCUACCCCCUUGUUGGUAUGCAAUACUUGCGUUGUUCACUUUAAUGUUAUUAUGGUUUUUUUUAGUAAAAAAUCUGAAAUAUGAAUCCCUACAUUUGGACACUUUUUGCAUGGUCAUUUCUGCAUGUUUAGCAGUGGCAAAAAGGCUGAUGUUCUCUUUGGUGCCUUCUGGUUCUUCGACAAUGAUCUUGGCAUAUGACAUUGGCUUACGAGCAUAACUAAUGUUCUUUUGCUAAUUUAUUUGCAGUGCAACCCAUAACUUAUGGUUUGCCCAAUUCAUGGAGUGAUUUUGGAUCCAAUUGCUGCAAUGCAGAUGGGCAUCCAAGGGCAGGUAGUGAUUAUGAAUUUUUUUUAAUUACAUUUUUCUCUAAGUAUUUUUGUGAAGUAAAUCAAUCUGCAUGAUGUAUGCUGUUUGAUUCUUAAGCAAUAUAAUCUCUUGUUGACAACUUUAGUUUAUGGAAGUUAUUAAGGCCCAGACCCAGCAUUUGUCUACUGGCUGGAACUCAGUUUUGGGAUGAGAAAAUGAGUAAUGAGCUGGCUGAAGGACGAUUGAGUGGCUCUACCUUUGACAGGUUGGUGUCACUAGGUGGUGUCUCUGAUGUUUGAUGCUGCCUAAAGAUUUAGAUAUUCUUGCCUUAAAUGCAAGUUUAGCAUCCAAAUUAUAUUUAUUUCAUUUACUAUUUGAAAAAUUGGUAGAGUUACAGAUUGUUAUUCAUCAUGUCUUCGACGGUCAGUUUUCAGAUAUACUGACUUCAAACUCUAAGAAAGUUUCCCUGACCUA